AUGUAUGUUUUUGUACAAUUUUGUGCUUACUGUUCAGUCAAUCCACAUAUCGAAAUGAAUUCUGCAAUGAAUCCAAUAAUUUAUACUGUAUUUAAUAGAGGUAUUUCUUUGAUAAAUUUAUUGGAGAAAUAUUUGACCAGAAUUCUGGUUUAA